AUGCAGGUGCACCACCCUAUUCAUCAUGCCUUCUUCUUCUUCUUCAUCAUCCUCCUUUUGUCCUUCCCAAAUUAUUCAGAAUCUUUAACCACUCAUGAGGAUGAUGAAAGGGCUAUUUUACUUAUCCUAAAACAACACUGGGUAUAUCCAUUUUCACUAUUUGAGCAGUGGAACUCCACUUCCUCCCCAUGUGACUGGCCUGGAAUUUCAUGCAACUUCAAUCGAAGUGUCACACGGAUAUCUCUCUCCGGAAUGUACACCGGAGGAUCAUUCCCGGACUACUCAACUAUUUUAUGCCACCUCAACAACCUUGUUUCAAUCAAUUUCAGUUCUAAUAAUCUCUGGGGAACUAUACCAGCUAACCUCUCCAGCUGCUCAAAGCUUGAAACCUUGGAUCUAUCCACAAAUGAUUUGACAGGAGAAAUAGCAGGUGAGUUGUUUUCCAUGAAAACCCUGCGUAGUUUAAAUCUUGGGCAUAACAUGUUGUCUGGUGAGAUACCGAAACCCAUGGUGGCUUAUAGUUUGGAGUCUCUUGAUCUUUCAUAUAACCUAUUGAAUGGACCAAUACCAAAAGAUAUAGGAAAUUUAUACAAUCUUACCUACUUAGAUCUGUCUGGGAAUUGUUUAAGUGAUCCAAUUCCUGCUGGAUUGCUGCGGUUGCAUCAACUGUCUUAUCUUUCGCUUGCCUCUAACAAUUUGAUUGGUGAAAUACCAAGCCAAUUGUUUUCCAUGAAAAAGCUAGGUAGUUUAAAUCUUGGGCAGAACAUGUUGUCUGGUGAGAUACCGACACCCAAGGUGGUUUACAAUUUAUUGGAGUAUCUUAAUCUUUCAAGUAACCAUUUGAAUGGAGCAAUACCAGAUGAUAUUGGGAAUUUAUACAAUCUUGGCUACUUGGAUUUGUCUAUGAAUUCUUUAAGUGGCCAAAUUCCUGCUACAUUGUUACACUUGCAGCAACUGUCUCAUCUUUCACUUUCUUUUAACAAUUUGACUGGUAAAAUACCAAGCCAGUUGUUUUCCUUGAAAAAGCUACGUAGUUUAAGGCUCAGCCAAAACAAGUUCUCUGGUGAGAUACCCGCACCCAAGGUGCCUCACAGUUUGGAGGAUCUUGAUCUUUCAAGUAACCAAUUGAGUGGAUCAAUACCAGGUGAAUUGUUUUCCAUGAAAUGGCUGCGCCGUUUAUAUCUUCAAUACAACAUGUUGUCCGGUGAGAUACCGACACCCAUAGUGGCUCAUAAUUUGAUGGAUCUUGAUCUUUCAAGUAACCAGUUGAAUGGAUCAAUACUAGAUGAUAUAGGAAAUUUAUACAUUCUUGGCUACUUGAAAUUGUCCAAUAAUUCUUUAAGUGGUCCAAUUCCUGCUAGAUUGUCACAGUUGCAGCAUCUGUCUCAGCUUUCACUUUCUUAUAACAAAUUGAGUGGUGAGAUACCAACAUCCUGGGUGUCUUAUAGUUUGGAGGAUCUUGAUCUUUCAAGUAACCAUUUGAAUGGAUCAAUACAGGAAGAUAUAUGGAGUUCAUACAACCUUAUCCGCUUAGAUUUGUCCAAUAAUUCUUUAAAGGGCCCAAUUCCUGUUGUAUUGUUACAGUUGCCACAACUGUCUCAUCUUUCACUUUCUUAUAACAAAUUGAUUGGUGAAAUACCUGCUGGAUUAUUUGCCAUACCUAGUCUAAGUAGCAUAGAUCUUUCUCAUAAUCAUCUAAGUGGAACUAUUGCAAAAGGUUUUGGAGAAUUACUGCAACUGAGGGCUAGAACGACCCUUGCUAUUUGUUUCAACAACAUUUCUGGGAGAAUCCCUUAUAAGCUAGUGAAGGAAAGAUUUAUACACAGCUGCUUUGAUGAAGCCAAUUUAUGUUCUGAUGUAAAAGAAAAGGGAUUGCCAGCAUGCUCUACAGACUGGUGUUCUGAUGAUACAAUACGAGGUUACAUGGAUUGCAGUUCCAAGUCAAAGAAAAAGAGUAAUUACAUCAUCAUAACUUGCGGUGCAAUUGCAGGAAUAAUACUUAUUGGGUUAGGAAUUCUGAUAAUGGUGUUCAGACCUAGGGUGGGAAGGAGAAAGGAAAGUGAUGGAGAAGAAUGGAGUAUGAUUUCAUUUCAAAGGUUGGAAUUCAAUAAAUGGGAUAUUUUGGGUGGUUUGACAGAUGAAAAUUUGAUUGGAAAUGGAGGGUCAGGAAAAGUAUAUAGAGUGAUCACAAAGAAAGACAAUAGAGUUGCUGUUAAAAGUAUAUGGCACGAACAAAAGCAAGGGCAGGGAUUAAUGGAGAAACAAUUCUUAGCAGAGGUUAAGAUCCUCGGGAGAAUUUGGCACAACAACAUAGUGAAAUUGUUAUGCUGCAUCAGAGGAAAGACAACAAAGCUUCUUGUGUAUGAAUACAUGGACAAACAAUGUGUUCACAAAUGGCUGCAUGGAAAGAAGAGAGGCUUAACUACUCAAGUCUUGCAAUGGGAGACAAGGCUAAAAAUUGCCAUGGGAGCUGCACAAGGCCUCUGCUAUUUGCAUCACAAUUGUAGUCCACCCAUUGUUCAUAGAGAUAUAAAGUCUAGUAACAUACUCGUUGACUCUGACUUCAAUGCCAAGAUUGCAGACUUUGGACUGGCAAAGAUAAUGGCGAGUGAAGGAGAUCCAGAAACAGCAUCUGCUAUUGUGGGAACCUUUGGUUACAUUGCCCCCGAACAUGGAAGUACAAGAAAAGUAGAUGCGAAGUGCGACAUCUACAGCUUUGGCGUAGUACUCUUGGAAUUGACAACUGGAAGAGAAGCCGUGACUCGAAAUGAGGAUGUGAACCUGGCACAAUGGGCACACAAACACCUAAGAGAAGGAAACUCAGCUGCAGAUGCCCUGGAUGAGGAGAUCAAGGAUCCACGUUAUCUAGAGGCAAUGAUCGCUGUUUUCAAAUUAGGCCUUGCGUGUACGUUGAGUUCCCCAUCAAGUAGGCCGUCCAUGAAAGAUAUUUCACAGAUUCUUCAAAGAUGCAGCGUAAACAAUCAUAUGUCCCCAGAGAGCUGA